AUGGCCAAGUCUUUUGCUUCAGUGGAAUGGCUUUCUCAAAGCAGCUGCAAAGAGGACAACAGGAACUCCAACUUAAGGGAUCAGCAAACUACAUUCGAUACCUGGAAUCCGGUAAUGCGAUCAGUUUCGAGAAUUGCCCAUGUGGCUCCAUAUCCAGGAACCCAGAGAUUGGCAUAUCCAGGGAAUAACCAUGCAUCAUCCUACCUAUGGGCCAGUGAGCAGCCUACUCCUUCCAAUGGUUAUGAGGUUCCAUCUUGCACACUGGAUAACCAAAGAGUAUCUCAGAGCCAUAUGGAAGCAUCCUGUAGCCCAGUAUACUGUGGACAGUACAAUACAUCAGAGAAUUUUGUCAGCACCAGCCCGGAUUCCAACAUCUCACCAGAUCUUCCUUCAUCCGGCCAAAAGUCAUACGAACAUCAAGGAGAAGAAACAAGCUUCCAUGAGGACUUUGUCCAUUCUGGCUGCAUCUCUAGCACUGAAUCUGGCUAUGACAGUGAAACCAGUCGGUCUUGCUCCACAACCCCAGUAAGUGGCGGAGCCGAGGAGUCUAGUGACAUAUCCGAUGAAGAGGGUAAAGUAGGCCGAAGACUGAGAACAGCCUUUACCACUGAGCAGAUAACCACCUUGGAGAACACCUUCCAAAAACACAGAUACUUGGGGGCCUCCGAGAGACGGAAACUUGCUGCCAAGCUCCAUCUUUCUGAAGUCCAGAUUAAAACUUGGUUCCAGAACAGAAGGAUGAAACACAAGCGGGAAAUACAGGAGGGAAGACAAAUGCAAUUUCAUCCAGCUCAGUUCUACAAUAUGUACGGCUAUUCAACUCAGCCCAUGACAUCCUACCAAUACAACCAUGUUCAGAACCCCCUGGUGGACCCCAUGGCCUACAACUACCCCAGCCCACCUGCUGCUUAUGAUAGUUUCAGCCAAUCCUCAGUUCAAGUGAUGUACCUGCCUCAACAGCCAUUUAUGCCCCCUAUUGUCCACCAUGAGGAGCAGCAGUUUGUGAGAUAUUAACAUAUCAAACGAUUGCAGUUUCAGGACUGAGCUAGGACUUUUAAGAAAGAAGCUCCCAUUUACUUUCCUUUUGUAAAGGAAGGAUAAAUAUUUGCACUGAAUCUUCUUAGCCGGUUGAUGGAUAUGUAAUAUUUCAUUGUAAAGGAAG